CCACUCCGACUCUCUCCCCCAGGGUUGACCGGGGGGUAGGGGGACCAUCUACUUCUUACCACCUCCUCUCUCGCGCAAGUGGGAGGAAAGAGAGAAAAUAUAUAUAUAAAAAUACCUUUUCAUUUCAGUUACGAAAAGAAAAAAAAACGAUUUGUUGUUUUUGUUGCCGUUGUCCUAUUCAAGGUCAUUUUUGUUGUUGUAUUAAAACCACAGAAUCGGAUAUUUGGUGGCUGGAGGGAGACGUUCGGAGAGGCGGUUGCGACCGUUGCAGGGUGCCAAUCGCGCCCUAUUUUAGGGGCAUUGUUCGUGCCCCCGGGCCCGAGUGGCCAUGACGUCCACCACGGUGGUGUACGAAGAGGUGGUGGAAUAUGAAGAGUACGAGGAGGAGGUAGAAGAGGAAGAAGAGGAGGAGGGGGAGGAGGAGGAAGAGGAAGAGGUGGUGGAAGAGGUGGUGGAAGAGGUGAUUGUUGAAGAUCCGGUGACACAUCAAGUGAGAAAAGUGAGCGUGCCGCAACUUCACCCCUCCGGCCUAGUCCACCGGAAGGUGAAGAAGAAGCGAAAGGUGGACACCAGCAAGUUCAUGACGCCCUACCUGGCUCACAGCAAGAAGAUGAUGGACCUCUUCAGCGAGGUGAAAUACAAGGAGGCGCUGAAGAAUCACCAGCCCAAGGGCUUCACCACCCUGUCGGAAACACCGAGGCAGAAGAUCUGCAAGCAUGCGCAGGACAUUUUGAGCGAGGUGAAAUACCGCGACGCUGGGAGAAAAACCAUCAGCAACUGCCACGUGGACGAGAAGGCGUGGGACAUUGCGCAUUCGAAGAAGAUCAGUGCCAUGGUCAGCAAGAUUCUCUACAAGAAGAGCUGGGAGGACGUGAAAGAUCGCUACCUGCUGCCAUCCGACUGCCCGGAGAUGGUGCAGGCCCUCAAGAACGCCUCCAACAUAAGCCAGAAAGUCUACCACGCCGAGUACGAGCUUGACCGAGGCUGCUGCAUCCCCUACUUUGACAGCCCUGAGCUCAGGCGUGUGGCUAAGGCUCAGAAGACCCUCAGCGAUGUGGUGUACAAGAUGGGUCACGAAGAGCACCUCCUGCAUUACACUCAGGUGGUGGACGCACCCGACAUGGUGCAGGCGAAGAAAACGGGCGAGCAACUCAGUGAUAUGAACUACCACGAUGAGUACGUUAAGUCUGUCAAGGGCAAGUGGAGUCAGGCCCCCUGCUAUGACGUCGCCGUGGCCAAAAUGAACUCCGACAACAUCAGCAUCAACAAGUACAAGAAGGCCUUCAACGAGAGCAAAGACAAGCUCUUUGUGGAUUCCACGGACACCCCAGAGUACCAGAUGGUUAAGAAGGCGGGUGUCAAUGCGAGUCAGGUGAAGUACCGAGCUGCCUAUGAAAAGACGAAGGACAUGUCCGGCUACAACACGCUGCCAGCCACGGAGAACCCCGCCAUGAAGCAAGCACGCCAUGUCUCUAAGAACCUCAGCGACCACGAAUACAAGAAGGCGUAUCACACGAACCGUGGUCACAGCAUCAACAUAUGCGACACCCCCCAGUUCAAAUCUGACACCGUACUCAAGAAAUUCACCAGCAACGUGCUCUACAAGGAGGCCUACGAACGGAACAGGGGACACUACAUUGGCAGCCCGGACGACCCCCACAUGGCCAACUCCCGUCGUGUGGCGGAUAUUCAGAACGCCAAACUCUACAAGGCCGAUUAUGAGGCGGACAAGACUAUGUGCUACUUCCCGAUGACCAUCACAGCUGAGUACGAAGCCAUGAAGAAGGUGGCUCAAUUCAAGGAUCUGGUCUACAAGAAGCACCCAGACACCGUGCCCUUCACACAGUCCAUGGACUCCCCUGUGAUGCUUCAGGCCAAAGUCAACGCCCGCCAACUCAGCGAUGUGAACUACAAACAGGCGUACGAAAAAGACAAGUUUCGGUGCAACCUCCCGGCGGACUAUCCUCCCCUGCUGCAGGCCCGCGCCAACGCCUACAACCUGAGCGAAAAUGCCUACAAGAUGAACUGGGACGAGACCAAAGAUAAGAAGUUUGAAAUCAAACUCGACUCCAUUCCCAUCGUGGCCGCCAAAAAGCACAGCAAUGAUGCCAGUGAAGUCAAGUACAAGAAGGCUUAUGAGAAGAACCGUGGCAAAAUGAUCGGGGCCCUGAGCAUCGAAGACGACCCGAAGCUCCGCCACUCGAUACAUGUGGCAAAAAUUCAAAGCGAGCGCGAGUACAAAAAGGACUACGAGAAGGCCAAGACCAAGUACCACAGUCCCCUGGACAUGAUGAACGUGACGUUGGCUAAGAAGUCACAGGCCAUCGCGAGCAACUACAGCUACAAGCAGCCCAUCCACAGCUACUUCAUGCCUCCCGACGCCGUGUCCGUGGUGCUGGCCAAGCAGGGGAACCAGCUCUACAGCAACAAUGACUACAGGGCCGACUACAACAACUGGUUCAAGGGAAUUGGCUGGCAGCCAUUCGAGUCGGUGGAGCAGGUUUCUGCCAAGAAGGCCAGCGCUAUCCUGAGUGAGAAAAAAUACCGUCAGCACCCAGACACGAUCCCGUUCACGCAGGUGACCGACUCCCCUGUGCAGCAGAUGGCCAAAGUGAGCCAGGACCAGCAGAGUAACUGGAAGUACAAGGCAGCCAGCGAGGAUGUUCUCCACAAGUACACACUCCCACACGAUGCCCCAGAGUUCCUGCAGUCUCGAGCCAAUGCCUACAACAUCAGCAAGAAUUCCUACAAGGCGGGCUGGAACGAGCUCAUCAGCAAGGGCUAUGACCUCAAGUUGGACGCCAUCCCCAUCAUCGCUGCUAAAAAGGCCCGGAAGGACGCCAGCGACGUCCAUUACAAGCUGGCGUACGAGAAAGCCCGUGGGCACAUGGUCGGGUGCAGAAACCUGCAGGACGACCCCAAGCUCGUGCACUCCAUGCACGUGGCCAAGAUGCAGAGCAACCGCGAGUACAAGAAGGACUUUGAGAAGUCCAAGACCAAGUACCACACCCCAGUAGACAUGGUCAGCGUAAUCUCGGCGAAGAAGUCGCAGGCCAUCGCGAGCAACUACGACUACGUGAAGCGCCACCAUCGCUACUCCAUGAUGCCGGACAGCGUCCUCCUUGAACUCGCCAAGAAGGCCAACGAGAUACAGAGCGACAACCUGUACAGGUCAGAUUUCGUGAACAUCAUCCAAGGGUGUGGCUGGAUCCCCAUCGGCUCGCUGGAGCAGGACAAGGUGAAGAAAGCCGGGCAGAUCCUGAGCGAGGCCAAAUACCGGCAGCACCCGGACACCAUCAAGUUCACGUCCGUCACCGACGACCCGGUGAUGGUGCAGUCGCAGAUCAACGCCAAGCAGCUCAGCGAUAAUCUGUACAAGUCAGCAGGGAAAAAGAGCCAGAAGCAGUUCUCCAUUCCCCACGACAUCCCCCAGUUCCUGCAGAGCAAAAUCAACUCCGUCAACUUCAGCGAAAACUCCUACAAGCACGCUUGGGUUGAGGACAAGAACAAGGGCUACGACUCGAGAGCGGACGCCAUCCCAAUCAAGGCUGCCAGGGCCUCCAGGGACAUCGCCAGCGACUACAAGUACAAGCAGGCGUACGAGAAGGCCCGGGGUCACAUGGUCGGGUGCAGAAACCUGCAGGACGACCCCAAGCUCGUGCACUCCAUGCACGUGGCCAAGAUGCAGAGCGAGCGCGAGUACAAGAAGGACUUUGAGAAGUCCAAGACCAAGUACCACACCCCAGUAGACAUGGUCAGCGUGGCCACGGCCAAGAAGUCGCAGGCCAUCGCUCGCAACUACGACUACAAGCAGCUCAUCCACAACACCAACGUCAUGCCGGACGCCAUGAGCGUGCAGCUGGCAAAGCACAUGAACCAACUGCAGAGCGACAAUCUGUACAAGGCGGACCUGGAUUGGAUCCGUGGCACGGGCUGGAUCCCCAUCGGCUCGCUGGAGCAGGACAAGGUGAAGAAAGCCGGGCAGAUCCUGAGCGAGGCCAAGUACCGGCAGCACCCGGACACCAUCAAGUUCACGUCCAUCACGGACGACCCGGUGAUGGUGCAGUCACAGAUCAACGCCAAGCAGCUCAGCGACAUGAAUUACAAGGCGUCUGGUGAGGCAGCAAAGCACAAGUACACGCUGCCCAUGGACCUACCACAGUUCCUGCAGGCCAAAGCCAACGCCAUCAACAUCAGUGAGAGCAAGUAUAAGAAAGGCUGGGAGGAGACCAUCAGUAAGGGCUAUGACUCAAGACUGGACGCCAUUCCCAUCAAGGCAGCCAAGGCCUCGCGAGACAUUGCCAGUGACUUCAAGUACAAGCAGGCGUACGAGAAGGCCCGUGGGCACAUGGUCGGGUGCAGAAACCUGCAGGACGACCCCAAGCUCGUGCACUCCAUGCACGUCGCCAAGAUGCAGAGCGAGCGCGAGUACAAGAAGGGCUUUGAGAAGUCCAAGACCAAGUUCCACAGCCCCGUGGACAUGGUCAGCGUGGUGGCCGCCAAACAAGCCCAGGCCAUCGCUCGCAACUACGACUACAAGCAGCUCAUCCACAACACCAACGUCAUGCCGGAUGCCAUGAGCGUGCAGCUGGCAAAGCACAUGAACCAACUGCAGAGCGACAAUCUGUACAAGGCGGACCUGGAUUGGAUCCGCGGUACAGGCUGGAUCCCCAUUGGCUCGCUGGAGCAGGACAAGGUGAAGAAAGCCGGGCAGAUCCUGAGUGAGGCGAAAUACAGGCAGCACCCGGACACCAUCAAGUUCACGUCCAUCACCGACGACCCAGUGAUGGUGCAGUCGCAGAUCAACGCCAAGCAGAACAGUGAAAAAUUGUACAAGGCCGGCGGAGAGGAAUCCAAGCACAAGUACACCAUGAACGUGGACGACCCGAUGCUGGUGCUUGCCAAGGCCAACGCCGUCAACAUGAGCAAAAAACUGUACAGGCAAGGCUGGGAGGAGACAAUCAGUAAGGGCUAUGACUCUAAACUGGACGCCAUCCCCAUCAAGGCCGCCAAGGCUUCCAGAGACAUCGUCAGCGACUACAAGUACAAGCAGGCGUAUGAGAAGGCCCGUGGUCACAUGGUCGGGUGCAGAAACCUGCAGGACGACCCCAAGCUCGUGCACUCCAUGAACGUGGCCAAGAUGCAGAGCGAGCGCGAGUACAAGAAGGGCUUUGAGAAGUCCAAGACCAAGUUCCACAGCCCCGUGGACAUGGUCAGCGUGGUGGCCGCCAAACAAGCCCAGGCCAUCGCUCGCAACUACGACUACAAGCAGCUGAUCCACAACACCAACGUCAUGCCGGACGCCAUGAGCGUGCAGCUGGCAAAGCAUAUGAACCAACUGCAGAGCGACAAUCUGUACAAGGCAGACAUGGAUUGGAUCCGUGGCAUGGGCUGGGUCCCCAUCGGCUCGCUGGAGCAGGAAAAGGUGAAGAAAGCCGGGCAGAUCCUGAGCGAGGCCAAAUACCGGCAGCACCCGGACACCAUCAAGUUCACGUCCAUCACCGACGACCCGGUGAUGGUGCAGGCGCAGAUCAACGCCAAGCAGAACAGUGAGAAACUGUACCGAGCUGGUGCGGCAAAGACGCUGCAAAAGUAUUCAAUCCCUGCAGACUCCCCUGGAUUCCUGCAGGCCAGACUCAACGCCUACAACUUCAGUGUGAAUGCCUACAAAUCGGCGUGGGGGGAGACCAUCAGGAAGGGCUACGACUCGAGAGCGGAUGCCAUCCCCAUCAAGGCUGCCAGGGCCUCCAGGGACAUCGCCAGCGACUACAAGUACAAGCAGGCGUAUGAGAAGUCCCGUGGUCACAUGGUUGGGUGCAGGGACAUACAGGACGACCCCAAGCUCGUGCACUCCAUGAACGUGGCCAAGAUGCAGAGCGAGCGCGAGUACAAGAAGGGCUUUGAGAAGUCCAAGACAAAGUUCCACAGCCCCGUGGACAUGGUCAGCGUGGUGGCCGCCAAACAAGCCCAGGCCAUUGCUCGCAACUACGACUACAAGCAGCUCAUCCACAACACCAACGUCAUGCCGGACGCCAUGAGCGUGCAGCUGGCAAAGCACAUGAAUCAACUGCAGAGCGACAAUCUGUACAAGGCAGACCUGGAUUGGAUCCGUGGCACGGGCUGGAUCCCCAUUGGCUCGCUGGAGCAGGACAAGGUGAAGAAAGCCGGGCAGAUCCUGAGCGAGGCCAAAUACCGGCAGCACCCGGACACCAUCAAGUUCACGUCCAUCACGGACGACCCGGUGAUGGUUCAAGCGCAGAUCAACGCCAAGCAGCUCAGUGAAAAAUUGUACAAAGAAGCCUGGGAAAAUGAUAAGACCAAGAUCCACGUAACGCCCGAUGCUCCUGAAUUCCUCUUGGCCAAGGCCAACAGUGCGAACGCCAGCGAGAAACUCUACAAGCUGGGCUGGAAGGAAUAUCUUAACAAGGGCUAUGAUUCACGAGCAGACGCCAUCGCCAUCAAAGCUGCCAAGGCCUCCAGAGACAUCGCCAGUGAUUACAAGUACAAGCUGGCGUACGAGAAGGGCAGAGGGCACAUGGUCGGGUGCAGGAACCUGCAGGACGACCCCAAGCUCGUGCACUGCAUGAACGUGGCCAAGAUGCAGAGCGAGCGCGAGUACAAGAAGGGCUUCGAGAAGACCAAGACCAAGUACCACAGCCCCGUAGACAUGAUCAGCGUGGUGGCCGCCAAGCAUUGUCAGAAGCAGGUCAACGACUUCAACUACAGGACCUACCUGCACCAGUGGACCUGCAUGCCCGACCAGAACGACGUCAUCCAGGCCAGGAAGGCCUACGAGCUGCAGAGCGACAACCUGUACAAGGGUGACUUGUCGUGGCUGCGCGGCAUCGGCUGGGUCCCCAUCGGCUCGCUGGAGAGCGAGAAGGUGAAGAAAGCCGGGCAGAUCCUGAGUGAGGCCAAAUACCGGCAGCACCCGGACACCAUCAAGUUCACGUCCAUCACCGACGACCCGUUGAUGGUGCAGGCGCAGAUCAACGCCAAGCAGAUGGACACAAAACGUUACAAGGAGGCGUGGGAGAAGGCCAAGACCAGCAUUCACAUCAUGCCCGAUACCCCAGAGUUCCUCCUUGCCAAACUCAACAAAGUGAACGUCAGUGAGAAACACUACAAGCAAGGGUGGCUUGAUACCAUCAAGAAGGGCUAUGACUUGAGACUGGACGCCAUCUCCAUCAAGGCUGCCAAGGCUUCCAGAGACAUCGCCAGUGACUACAAGUACAAGCUGGCGUACGAGAAGGGCAGAGGACACAUGGUCGGGUGCAGGAACCUGCAGGACGACCCCAAGCUCGUGCACUGCAUGAACGUGGCCAAGAUCCAGAGUGAGCGCGAGUACAAGAAGGGCUUUGAGAAGACCAAGACCAAGUACCACAGCCCCGUAGACAUGAUCAGCGUGGUGGCCGCCAAGCAUUGUCAGAAGCAGGUCAACGACGUCAACUACAGGACCUACCUGCACCAGUGGACCUGCAUGCCCGACCAGAACGACGUCAUCCAGGCCAAGAAGGCCUACGAGCUGCAGAGCGACUACCUGUACAAGGGUGACCUGUCGUGGCUGCGUGGCAUCGGCUGGGUCCCAGUGGGCUCGCUGGAGAGCGAGAAGGUGAAGAAAGCCGGGGAGAUCCUGAGUGAGGCCAAAUACCGUCAGCGUCCGGACACCUUCAAGUUCACGUCCAUCACCGAUGACCCGGUGAUGGUGCAGGCGCAGAUCAACGCCAAGCAGAACAGCAAUAAACUGUACAAGGAUGCCUGGGAGAAUGCCAAGACCAAGAUUCACAUCAUGCCGGACGCUCCAGAGUUCCUCUUGUCCAAAACUAACAGCGCCAAUGUCAGCCAGAAACUCUACCGACAAGGCUGGGAGGAGACCAUCAGAAAGGGCUAUGACUCGAGAGCCGAUGCCAUCCCCAUCAGGGCUGCAAAAGCUUCCAGAGACAUUGCCAGUGAUUACAAGUACAAGCUGGCGUACGAGAAGGGCAGAGGUCACAUGGUCGGGUGCAGGAACCUGCAGGACGACCCCAAGCUCGUGCACUGCAUGAACGUGGCCAAGAUGCAGAGCGAGCGCGAGUACAAGAAGGGCUUCGAGAAGACUAAGACCAAGUACCACAGCCCCGUAGACAUGAUCAGCGUGGUGGCCGCCAAGCAUUGUCAAAAGCAGGUCAACGACGUCAACUACAGGACCUACCUGCACCAGUGGACCUGCAUGCCCGACCAGAACGACGUCAUCCAGGCCAGGAAGGCCUACGACCUGCAGAGCGACUACCUGUACAAGGGUGACCUGUCGUGGCUGCGUGGCAUCGGCUGGGUCCCAGUGGGCUCGCUGGAGAGCGAGAAGGUGAAGAAAGCCGGGGAGAUCCUGAGUGAGGCCAAAUACCGUCAGCGUCCGGACACCUUCAAGUUCACGUCCAUCACCGACGACCCGGUGAUGGUGCAGGCGCAGAUCAACGCCAAGCAAAUCAACGACAAACUGUACAGGGCGGCCUGGGAGGGCUGCAAGACCAACAUUCACAUCAUGCCAGAUACGCCACAGAUAGUGUUGUCCAAACUCAACACUGCCAACAUGAGUCAGAAACUCUACAGACAAGGCUGGGAGGAAACCAUCAGCAAGGGCUACGACUCGAGGGCGGACUCCAUCGCCAUCAAGGCCGCCAAGGCCUCCAGGGACAUCGCCAGCGAUUACAAGUAUAAGCUGGCGUACGAGAAGGGCAAAGGGCACAUGGUCGGGUGCAGGAACCUGCAGGACGACCCCAAGCUCGUCUGGUUCAUGCACGUGGCCAAGAUGCAGAGCGAGCGCGAGUACAAGAAGGGCUUCGAGAAGACCAAGACCAAGUACCACAGCCCCGUAGACAUGAUCAGCGUGGUGGCCGCCAAGCAUUGUCAGAAGCAGGUCAACGACGUCAACUACAGGACCUACCUGCACCAGUGGACCUGCAUGCCUGACCAGAACGACGUCAUCCAGGCCAAGAAGGCCUACGAGCUGCAGAGCGAUAAUAUUUACAAGGAAGACCUGAACUGGCUGCGUGGCACCGGCUGGGUACCAAUGGGCUCCCUGGAGCACGAGAAAGUGAAGAACGCCGGGAAGAUCCUGAGUGAAAGACGUUACCGGCAAAGCCCAGACACCUUUAAGUUCACCUCCAUCGUGGACGAUCCCGUCAUGGUGUUGGCACAAGCCAAUGCCAAGCAGAACAGCAAGUGGCUGUACAGAGAUGCCUGGGACAAGGACAAGAGCAGCAUCCACGUGAUGCCCGACACGCCUGAGAUCACAUUGGCCAAACUCAACAGCGCUAACAUUAGCCAGAAACUCUACAGACAAGGCUGGGAGGAGACCAUCAGCAAGGGCUACGACUCGAGGGCGGAUUCCAUUGCCAUCAAGGCCGCCAAGGCGUCCAGGGACAUCGCCAGCGAUUACAAGUACAAGCUGGCGUACGAGAAGGGCAGAGGGCACAUGGUCGGGUGCAGGAACAUACAGGACGACCCCAAGCUUGUUUGGUCAAUGCACGUGGCCAAAAUCCAGAGCGAGCGCGAGUACAAGAAGGGCUUUGAGAAGACCAAGACCAAAUACCACAGCCCCGUAGACAUGAUCAGCGUGGUGGCCGCCAAGCAUUGUCAGAAGCAGGUCAACGACGUCAAUUACAGGACCUACCUGCACCAGUGGACCUGCAUGCCCGACCAGAACGACGUCAUCCAGGCCAGGAAGGCCUACGAGCUGCAGAGCGACAAUAUUUACAAGGAAGACCUGAACUGGCUGCGUGGCACCGGCUGGGUACCAAUGGGCUCCCUGGAGCACGAGAAAGUGAAGAACGCCGGGAAGAUCCUGAGUGAAAGACGUUACCGGCAAAGCCCAGACACCUUUAAGUUCACCUCCAUCGUGGACGAUCCCGUCAUGGUGUUGGCACAAGCCAAUGCCAAGCAGAACAGCAAGUGGCUCUACAGAGAUGCCUGGGACAAGGACAAGCUCAAUAUCCACGUGAUGCCUGACACGCCAGAGUUCAAUCUGGCAAAGCAAAAUGCAGUUCAAAUGAGCAACAAACUAUACAGGCAAGGCUGGGAGGACACUAUUCAAAAGGGCUACGCUUCAAGAUCAGACGCCAUCGCCAUCAAGGCUGCCAAGGCCUCUAGAGACAUCGCCAGUGACUACAAGUACAAGCUGGCGUAUGAGAAGGGCAGAGGGCACAUGGUCGGGUGCAGAAACAUACAGGACGACCCCAAGCUCGUCUGGUUCAUGCAAGUGGCGAAGAUGCAGAGCGACCGCGAGUACAAGAAGGGCUUCGAAAAGACCAAGACCAAGUACCACAGCCCCGUAGACAUGAUCAGCGUGGUGGCCGCCAAGCAUUGUCAGAAGCAGGUCAACGACGUCAACUACAGGACCUACCUGCACCAGUGGACCUGCAUGCCCGACCAGAACGACGUCAUCCAGGCCAGGAAGGCCUACGAGCUGCAGAGCGACAAUAUUUACAAGGACGAUCUGAACUGGCUCCGUGGCAUCGGGUGGUCACCCGAUGGAUCUCUGGAACACAUGAAAGUGAAGCACGCUGGCAAGAUCCUGAGCAAUAAGUUUUACCGCCAGAAUCCCGACAGCAUCAAGUUCACUUCCAUCGUCGACGACCCUGUCAUGGUGCAGGCCCAGAUCAACGCGAAGCUGCUCAGCAAUAAACUAUACAAGGAAGCGUGGGAAAAUGCCAAGACCUCAAUUCAUGUCAUGCCCGACACUCCUGAGAUUAUGCUGUCUAAACUGAACAGUGUCAACGUCAGUGGGAAAUUGUACAGACAAGGCUGGGAGGACACUAUUCAAAAAGGCUAUGCCUCAAGAUCAGACGCCAUCGCCAUCAAGGCUGCCAAGGCCUCCAGAGACAUCGCCAGCGACUACAAGUACAAGCUGGCGUACGAGAAGGGCAGAGGGCACAUGGUCGGGUGCAGGAACCUGCAGGACGACCCCAAGCUCGUGCACUGCAUGAACGUGGCCAAGAUGCAGAGCGAUCGCGAGUACAAGAAGGGCUUCGAGAAGUCCAAGACCAAGUUCCACAGUCCCGUGGACAUGAUCAGCGUGGUGGCCGCUAAGCAUUGUCAGAAGCAGGUCAACGACUUCAACUACAGGACCUACCUGCACCAGUGGACCUGCAUGCCUGACCAGAACGACGUCAUCCAGGCCAAGAAGGCCUACGAGCUUCAGAGCGACUGGCUGUACAAAUCCGAUUUGGAGUGGCUCCGUGGUUGUGGCUGGCAGCCUGAUGGCUCCGUAGACGUGGAAAAGGUCAAGAAGGCUCAGGAGAUUAUCAACGAAAGAAAAUACCGGCAACCGAUAAGCGAUCAGAAGUUCACCAGCAUCACCGACCUCCCCAUCUUCCUUCUGGCCAAAACAAACUCUGCCCUCAUCAGCGACAAAGUUUAUAAAGAAGCGUGGCAGACUCAGAAGACAUUGUGCCACAUCCCACCAGACACUCCGUUGUACGAGCUGUCGAAGGUCAACUCCAUCAACAUCAGCGACAAACUUUACCGGAAGAGCUGGGAUGAGGCGAAGGUGAAGGGGUACCACGUGGAUAAAGAUGCCAUCUCUGUCCUGGCCGCCAGGAAAGCCAGAGACAUCGCCAGCGACAUCAAGUACAAGAUGGCGUACGAGAAAGGGAAGGGACACCACGUCGGGUGCAGGAACAUACAGGACGACCCCAAGCUCGUCUGGUCCAUGCACGUGGCCAAGAUGCAGAGCGAGCGCGAGUACAAGAAGGGCUUCGAGAAGUCCAAGACCAAAUACCACAGCCCCGUAGACAUGAUCAGCGUGGUGGCCGCCAAGCAUUGUCAGAAGCAGGUCAACGACGUCAACUACAGGACCUACCUGCACCAGUGGACCUGCAUGCCCGACCAGAACGACGUCAUCCAGGCCAAGAAGGCCUACGACCUGCAGAGCAACUGGGUGUACAAGGCGGACCUGGAGUGGCUCCGUGGGUGUGGCUGGUUGCCAGAGGGCUCCUUGGACGUGUUAAAGGUCAAAAAGGCCCAAGAGAUCCUCAACGACAGAAUUUACCGGCAGCCUGCCUCCUCUCUGAAGUUCACCAGCGUCAUCGACUCCCCCGAAUAUCUCCUGGCCAAGACCAAUGCAGACCAGAUCAGCGGAUGGAAGUACAAGAAAGACUGGGAGUUAAACAAAACCUCGAUUCACAUCAUGCCGGACACUCCAGAGAUUAACCUCUCGCGUGCGAACGCGGUCAACGUCAGCAGGAAACAAUACAGGAAGGGCUGGGAGGACGCGCUUCAAAAUGGCUACCACUUAAAGACGGAUGCCAUUGCCAUCAAAGCUGCCAAGGCCUCCAGAGAGAUCAUCAGUGACUACAAGUACAAGCACGCCUACGAGUUGGGAAAAGGCCACCUGAUCGGGUGCCACAGCGUCCACGAAGACCCCAUGCUCGAGCACUGCGCCAAGGUGGGCAAGAUGCAGAGCGACCUGGAGUACAAGAAGGACUUCCACAAGACCAAGACCAAGUGCCACCUGCCGCACGACAUGCUCAAUGUCGUCGCCGCCAAGAAGUACCAGGAGAUGAUCAGCGACAUCCCCUACCGCACCUACCUGCACCAGUGGACCUGCAUGCCCGACCAGAACGACGUCAUCCAGGCCAGGAAGGCCUACGACCUGCAGAGCGACAUCAUCUACAAGGCGGACCUGGAGUGGAUCCGUGGCUGUGGCUGGCUGCCCACUGGCUCUUUGGACGUGGAGCAUUCCAAGAAGGCCCAGAAUAUACUCAGCAACAAUAAGUACAAGGCCGAGGCUUACCAGGGCAUGAAGAACUUCAGCGUGGUGACCGACACGCCGACCUACAUCAACGCUGUGCUGAGCGCCCACCAGCUGUGCGACUACAAGUAUAAAGAAGCAUGGAACAGGGACAAGUCCAACGUGACGGUGUCGGAAUGCCCCCUCUACGACGUAGCCCGCGAUGCUGCACGGAACCUCAGCUCGAAAAUUUACAAGGAGGGCUGGGAAAACAUGAAAGCGACGGGCUAUAAGAUCCCGGCAGAUUCCUUGGAUCUACAACAAGCCAAACUGCUCAAGGAAAUCACCAGUGAGAUCAAAUACAAGCACGCACACAUCAAGGACAGAGGCCACCUGAUCGGGUGCCACAGCGUCCACGAAGACCCGAUGCUCGAGCACUGCGCCAAGGUGGGCAAGAUGCAGAGCGACCUGGAGUACAAGAAGGACUUCCACAAGACCAAGACCAAGUGCCACCUGCCGCACGACAUGCUCAACGUCGUCGCCGCCAAGAAGUACCAGGAGAUGAUCAGCGACAUCCCCUACCGCACCUACCUGCACCAGUGGACCUGCAUGCCCGACCAGAACGACGUCAUCCAGGCCAGGAAGGCCUACGACCUGCAAAGCGACUUUGUGUACAAGGCCGACCUGGAAUGGCUCCGAGGUUGUGGAUGGCUUCCCUCCGGAUCUGUGGAUGUGGAGAAAGUUAAAAGGGCACAGAAUAUACUCAAUGAUAACAAGUAUAAAUCGGCGGCCCUGCAGGGCACGAGGAAAUACAUUGUGGUGACCGACACGCCCGCCUACCUCACUGCUCUGCAAAGCGGCAUCCAGCUCAGCGAUGUGAAAUACAAGGAGGCCUUCAACCUGGAGAAAGGGAACAGCCACAUGUCACCGGACGCCCCGCAGUUCAACCUAUCACGCGAGGCCUCCAAGCUGUGCAGCGAGAAGCUGUACAAGGAGAGCUGGGACAAUGUGAAAUCCACGGGCUACAUCCUCCCUGUGGACUACCUGCCUCUGGUCAAUGCCAAGAACAUACGAAACAACAGUUUGCUGAAGUACAAAGAGGAGUAUGAGCAGACCAAGGCUCACAUCCAAGGGAUGAAGUCCAUGAAGGAGUUCCCAUCGGUCGCGCUGCUGCUCAACCUCGCCAAGAACAGGAGCCAGCUGGAGUACACGAAGGGCUACGAGAAAUCAAAAUCCAAGGUCCACAUCCCGGCGGACAUGCUGAGCAACCUGCAGGCAAAGAAGUGCCAGCAGAUCCUCAGCGAACUGGAGUACCGCCGUCACCUGCACCAGUGGACGUGUCACCCCGAGCAGAAUGAAGUGCUGCAGGCGCGCAAGGCCUACGACAUGCAGAGCGACAUCCUGUACAAAGACGACCUGACUUGGCUGAAGGGAAUUGGCUGCAACGUUUAUGAAACACCCGACAUCAUGAGGGCCAAGAACGCCUGUGACCUCAUCAGUCCCAACAAGUACAAGGCGGCCGCCAUUGAAGCCACAAAGCAGUACAGCGUGGUGACCGACACACCGGCCUACAUCACCGCCCUGCGCUGCGGCCACCAGCAGAGUGACAACAAGUACAAACAAGCGUUCAUCCGUGAGCGCGGGAAGUGUGUCAUACCCUCGGAUUCAUUGGCCAACGUACACUCGUCGGACGUUCAAAAGCUCUUCAGCAAUAACCUGUACAAGGAGGCGUGGGAUCAGGUGAAGGCCUCCAGCUACAGCAUCCCCAGCGACUCGUGGGCCUUCGUCAGUGCCAAGGACCAGAAGGAGCACAGUGACCGCAAGUAUCGGGAGGAGUACGAACGGAUGAAGGCCCGCUACUGCCUGCCGCGCUCUCUACAGGAGGACCCCAAGGCUAUGCAAGCCCUCAAGGCCUACCAGAUCCGCAGCAACAUCCUGUACAGAGACACGUAUGAGAAGAACAAGGCGCGCGUGCACAUCGCGCCUGACAUGUUCGAGAUGGUGGGCGCCAAGGCCACACAGCGCAUGGUCAGCGGCAUGGACUACCGCACGUACCUCCACCACUGGGUGUGCAAGCCAGACCUGGCAGUCUUCAGCCACGCGCGUAAGGUCAACGAGCAGCUGAGCGACGUGUAUUACAAAGACGAUCUCAGCUGGAUCAGGGGGGUCGGUGUGGCAUUGUGGGACACACCAGAAAUCAAGCUCGCCAAGGAAGCGUACAACAAUCGCAGCGAUAACCAAUACAAGGCUAAGGCGUGGGAGACGAUGUAUAACUACACGCAGGUGGAUGAUGCUCCUGAAAUCAAGCAGGCAAUUAUCAACGCCAAGCAGCUGAGUGACCUGAACUAUCGCCACAGCUACGUGAACCACAUCCGGGGUCACGUCACGUCGAUCAAGAACACGGUGGAGUUGGACCGUGCGCGCAACGCAGCCCUCAUACAGAGCGAGUUUCUGUAUCGGAACGCCAGUCGCAAGGCCCUGCCCUCUGGCUACACAAUCCCCGUGGACAUGCCUCUCUACGUGCAAGCCAAGAAGGCCGGCAACAUCCUCAGCGAUCUCAAGUACAAGGAGACCUACGAGAAUAACAAGGCCAAGAUGUACCACCUCAUCCCCGACGCGUGGUUCUUCCGCAGCGUGCAGAAGGCUGAGAAUGUGCAGAAUGAGCGCUUGUACCGUGAGAUUUACCACAAGAACAAGGACAAGAUCCAUCCGUCGGCCAUUACCCCUGAGCUGCGACAAGUCAAGAUCACACAGCACGCCAUCAGCAAUCUGGCGUACAAGGCAGAUUAUGAGCGUUUAAAGGGACACUACAUCACCUUGCCGUACUCACCCGAGCUGCUGCACCACCGCCACGUGGGCAACAUCACAAGCGAUAUUCAAUACAAGGAGGACAUGCAGUGGCUCAAGGGACUUAGCUGCCUGUUGCAUGACACUCCCAAUAUGCGACACGCCAAGAAGAUUAUUGCAGACAAUUCCAACUAUGGGCUGGAGGCAAAGAAAGCUCAGGAGAAGUACUGCGUGGUCCUGGAUACCCCGGGGUACGUGCGAAUCGUCGAGCUCAAGGAUCACCUGAGCGAGGUGGCUUAUCGCGCAAUCGGGAAUGAGGUGAAGACCAAGUUCACACCCGUGGUGGACACUCCAGCACACAUGCUGGCCAAGAACUCGCAGGAAAUGCAGAGCCAGUACCUGUACAAGGAGACGGCCCACCGUGAGCUGCCCCACAUCCACUCGGUGGUGGACACCCCGCUGCUGAAGCACGCCAAGAGCGUCAAGCACCUCAACAGCGACAUUGUGUACCAGCACGAGUAUAAUCAAAACAAAGCCAAGUACACGCUCAUCCCAGACUCGCCCUUCAACAAGAUCUCCAAGAAGGCCUACGAGAAUGCGAGCGAUCUGCGCUACAAGGAGGCAUACCAGCACCUGCGCGGGAAGUACCACACCGUGAAGGACGCUCGGGACAUCGUGCACCACCGCAAAGUCACCGACAAGAUCAGUGACGUCAAAUACAAGCAGAAGUACAUGAAUCAAUUAGGCAUCUGGCAUGCCAUCCCGGACCACCCGGACUACUUCCACCACCGCCUGGUUACGGAGCUCGUGAGCGACGUGAAGUACAAGGAGGACCUCACCUGGCUGAAGGGCAUAGGCAGCUACGCCUACGACACUCCGGACCUCACGCACGCCAAGCAGAACCGAGUCCUCUACAGCCAUGUGAAGUACACGAAGCCGUUCGAGGCAAUGCGCGAUAAGUUCACGUACUCCUCCAACUCGCCGGCCUUCAGGCUCGCCAAGCAUGCCGGCGACCUCAUCAACAUGCGAGAGUACAAGGCCAUCGCGACGGAAGGCCUGCACCACGGCUGCAAUGAGGCUCAUCGGCCCGACAUUCAGCAGGCCAAGUAUGCCGAUUUUCUGACGAAUAAGUGGGUCUACAAGCAUCAGUACGAGCAGCACAAAGACAAGUACACAACCGUGCUGGAAACCCCGUACAACUUGCAAGCUCUGAAGAUGAAGAAGCUCAUCAGCGAGAAUGUGUACAAGGCGCAGUAUAACAAGAACAAAGCCCACUGGUUCACGCCUGUCCACGACGCCACGUUCCAGAUGCACCUGGGCAAGAUCAAAGACAGAAUGAGCAUUAUGAAGUACAAGGAGGACUACGAGAAGAAGAAGGCCCACAUCAAUAUUCCCGAAGACUACAGGGACAUCCUCGCUGCUAAGAAGGCGUACAAAGCAAUAAGCAACCUGGAAUACAAGACUCAGUAUGAAAAGACGAAAGCCAAGUGGGGCUGGAUCGCCGACCGGCCCGACGUUAUCCACGCCGUCAAGACCACACUGCAGCAAAGCGACGUGGAGUACAAGUACGACCGGGAGAUGCUCAAGGGCUGCAAACUGUCCGUGGUGGACGACCGCAAUGUAGCCCACGCCCUGCACGGAAACGAGCUGGCCAGCGAGGUGAAAUACAGAAGGAAGUAUGAGCAAGUGACCAAGGGGACAUGCAUCCAAGUCGCCGAGACUCCUCUGAUGAACCUGAUGAAGCGCGUUACUGAUAUGGUGUCUCAGAAUAAAUACAAGGCGUCGAGCGCGAAGAUCCUGCCGAAGGCUUCGUUUACGCACAUGCCUGAGACACGGGAGACGGUGCACAUCAAGGAGGUGUCCAAGAUGCAGAGUCAUAAUACGUACAAGGAGAAGUUUGAGAAGGAGAAGGGGAAGUCGAACUACGCCAUGAUGGUGGCGCCGCCUGACGUGGCGCACGCCGUGGAUGUCGCCAAGAAGCAGAGCAACCUGAGCUACAAGAAAGAUGCCAAGUCCAAGUUGCCCUACACAUCUGUGGCUGACCGUCCAGACAUUCUGAAGGCCAAGCAGGCAGCAAAGCUCAUCAGCGAUAUCGAGUACAGGGCAAAGGCCAAGGAGGAGAAGGCCCACCCAAGCGCCAUGGUGGGACGUCCUGACAUCGAGCUGGCCAAGGAGGUGUCGAAGUUGACGAGCCAGGUGGAGUACACCAAGCAGAAGCUGAGAGGACACGGAGCAGCAUCGUAUGAUACGCCCAUGAUGAGGCACCUCAAGAAGAUGGUGACGCUGUCCAGUGAUCUGAAAUAUAAGGAGAAGUUUGACAAAGAGGUGAAGGGACAGAAACCGACUGGAGACUUGAAGGAAAUGCCCGCAUACAAGACAGCCAAAGACGCCACAUCGCUGGCCAGCGAGGUGAAGUACAAGCAGGACCUGAAGAAGAUGCACAACCCGGCUUGUGCCGACUCGCUGCUCAAUCAGCACGUGACGGGCACCAGCAAGCUGGCCAGUGAGUAUUGUUACAAGAAAGUCUAUGAGGAUAAUAAAGGACAUUACAUUCUGGUGGCCGAUUCGCCAGAGCAAAUACACCUGAAGGAGGCGUCUGAUCUUCAGAGCCAGUACAAGUACAAGGAGGAGUACGAGAAGAAUAAGGGCAAGGGGAUGUUGGACUUUGAGACGCCUACGUACGUCACAAACAAGGAGACGCAGCAAAUGCAGAGCGAGAAAGAGUAUAAGCGAGGCUAUGAGGAAGGCAUGAAGGGCAGGAACCUGUCUGAGCUUGAGUUCACGCCAGCGUACUUGCAUGCCAAGUACGCUAGUGGUCUGGUCAAUGAGAAAGAAUACAAGAGGGAUCUGGAGGAGGGAACCAAAGGCAAAGGCCUCACUGGCCUGGAGGUGACACCGGACCUGAUCAGGGCCCGUUCGGCCACCCAUAUUCUGAGCGAGCGCGAGUACAAGAAGGAUAUGGAGGCGGAGAUCAGAGGCAGAGGGAUGACCACCACUGGACUGGACACCCCCGACUUCCACCGUGUGAAGAAUGCCACCGAUAUCUUAAGCCAGGCAAAGUACAAUCAGACGGGUGAUGGGAGCUACACCACCGUCGUGGACACCCCAGACAUCCUGCACGCUCAGCAGGUCAAGACCAUCACCAGCCAGAAACAAUACAAAGAGCAUGCGCAGAGAGCCAUGUCCAACUACCAAACCGUGAUGGAGACACCGGAGCUGCACCGUGUCAGGGAAAACCAGAAGCACUUCAGCUCGCUGCAGUACAAAGCAGAUGCCGAUAAUCUAAAGGGCAAGGUGACGACGGUGUCCAACACGCCAGAGAUCCAGCGCGUCAAGGAAAACCAGAAGAACUUUAGCUCGGUUUUGUACAAGGAAGGCAUUAAAGCUGGCACCUCGGUGAACGCAACGCCCGAGCUGCGACGCGUUAAGGAAAACACAAAGAACAUCAGCUCGGUUUUGUACAAGGAAGGAAUCAAAUCGGGCACCGCUGUGAACGACACGCCGGAGUUGCAGCGCGUCCGGGCCACUCAGAAGAACAUCAGCUCGGUUUUGUACAAGGACCAAAUUAAGGCCGGCACCUCACUUAAAGACACGCCGGAGAUCCGCCGCGUGAAGCAAACUCAGGAUCACAUCAGCUCGAUUAAAUACAAGGAACAAAUUGGCACAGCCACGGUGGUGGCGGACUCGCCCGAGUACCAGCGCGCACGAGAGAACCAAAAGCUGAUCAGCAUGGUGAAAUACAAGGAGCAGCUCGCGAAAAUGACCCCGAUCAACGCCACCAUGGACACGGAGCGCGUGAAGCGCGCUCAGGGAAACGUCAGCGCGGUUCUGUACGCCGACCACUCCAGGAGGGAGAUGCAGGGCCGCGCCAGCUGCCUGCUCGACACGCCUGAGAUGCGGCGCGUGCGCGAGAACCAGCGCAACUUCUCACUGGUCAAGUACCACGAGGACUUUGAGCGCAUCAAGGCCAAGGGCUUCACGGCCGUGGUGGACGACCCCAUCACGGAGCGCGUCAAGCGCAACACGCGUGACGUGAGCGACAUCAGCUACCGCGGCAUCCAGCGGCGCACCGUGGAGAUCGAGCAGCGGCGCCUUGAGGCCGAGCAGGAGACCACUGCCGACCUGCGUGUGUGGCGUACCAACCCUGGAUCCAUUUUUGACUACGACCCUGCGGAGGACAACAUCCAGUCCAAGAGCCUGUAUCUGAUGAAUGUGCAAGCGCAACGCCGGAGCCGCGAGCAUUCUCGCUCCGCGAGCGCCCUGAGCAUCAGCACAGGCGACGAGCGCUCUGAGGGCUCCGAGCUCGAACGAAACUACUCCUACUACAGCAACAACGCCUUCUACGCCAGCGCCAGCGCCAGCGCUUGCUACCAGCAGGUGAAGACCGUGGUAAUUCCACAGCAGAGGUCGUCUUCCGUGGUCACCCAGCAGACCACCGUCUCCUCCAUCCCGUCCCACCCGUCCACCACCGGCCGCUCCUACCGCGCCCUCUACGACUACACGGGCGCCGACGACGAUGAGGUGACCUUCAAAGAUGGCGACGUCAUCAUCAACGUGCAGCCCAUCGACGAGGGCUGGAUGUACGGCACCGUGCAGCGCUCUGGCAAGACCGGCAUGCUGCCUGCCAACUACGUGGAGGCCAUCUGAUUGGUGCCACCUUCCCGCCCCCCACGCUGCACAGCUCGACGUUUAACCCACACCACCGCCACCGUGACCUCCGCCUCCUGAUCUGGCAUCGGGACGCCCGUCCUCCUCCUCCUCCGUUGGUUUCUUCCCCAUCCACCUCACGACAUUGCGAACCGCAACGCUCUCAAUCCAGUCUCUUUUUGCUCAGACUAAAGUUAAAUUGGGCGGUGCAUUACUGAAGCACCGCGGGACAGCCAUCGCAUUGCUCAUGAACGUGCAUAACUGACGUGUGGGAGGUUGGUUGCGGAAUCCGUGGGAUAAACAUCGAGCGACAUUGUGCUUACAAGCUGUGCAGCCGAGGCGUUGACAACUGGAAGCAGUGGUACAUGUUUACACCGGUACAAUUUUUGGUCUUUAUUGAUGCUAGAAUAAGCUAUUUGGGGGUCAUGUUAAGGAUUCUAUUCCAAAACCCAGAAUCUAAUCAGAGAAGCCACGCAGAAAUAAGCACCAGAGAGUAUCACAUGUGUAAGCACGACUUCCAAAAAUCAGCUUAAAAUUUAAAGUGCUCCCUAACAAAAUAAAGAUCGGUUCCAGGUGGCUUCGAACAGAAACACCAGGGUUUACUUUAGACUGCCAUACAAGAGUAUUACAUGCCUUACAUACACAACACGCCUUUUUCCAAAAGUGCCGAUGCAAUACCUGAGCAAUGAUACACUUCAUAAGAAACCUUAAUUAAAAUGCGUUGUUUUAGUUCAACAUUAAAACGAUGAUGUCAAAGCAACCGUGGCUCUGAAAGUAACAUGUCUCAACCCAAUGUAUCUUGCCAUUUUAAUACAAUGCCAUUCCAUCUUAAAAUCCUGUCUCUAAAAAUGCAUCACCGCAACACUACAUUUGAUUCUGGUUACUCUGUGGAACAUUCAACAUUUAUACUUGCUACACGCGCAGAAAAAUGGGGAGACGUAUUUUUUCAGAUUCACUGCUGACGUGGUUGAGCACAAGAAACACAGCACACACCCUGCCCGUUUGACGCCAUCAAUAGCCACGUGUUGUCCAUUCGAAUGCUGUGGAAAUAUGGAGUUCUGUAAGGCUAAAGUGUGAACACAUAGUUGCACAUUGCUGCCACAUAUAAUAAAGCUAAAACAUGAAGCUUC